UUCACAUUUAGUGAACUUGUGCGCAGCUGACUUUUUCAUAGAUCUGAUUCAAACAGGAUCUAAACAUUUCGACAUGUUCAAAAAAUUUUGGAAGAAGAAAAAAACUAAGAAGAAUAAAGAUGAGCAGUAUCCUCUAGUGAAAGAGGACAACAUACAACAUACAGAGACCACAGAUGCAGGAGAACGGGAAAGCACAGUCGACUCUGAGCUGCCAUCUGGUUCAGGUGUUGAAGUGAGUGGAGAGACGGGGCUUCGUAUUCUCAAAACAAUUCUGAGUGAACAGUCAAUCCCACAAGCAAUGCCAAAAAUCUACUUCUCGAAAGAAUGGCAUGAUAAAUACCUUCAGGAAAUAGAUCAGUUUGUAAAACACAACUUUCCCGCACUGCCAGCGGAGAGAGCGCAAGGAUCUCAGUCACAGCAGAUGCAGGACUUUCUGAAGAAUGCAAAGGCCAUGGUAUAUGAAGAGGUGUCUCGAUUAACACCUGCACUGAGAGAUGCUGGGCUGCUAGCUCCUCUGAAGGACAGUUACAGCCGUCACCUCUUUGCCAACCUGGACCUGCUGCUGAACAGAGAUCUCUCUGUAAAAGAGAUCUUCUGCCUUCUGCUGUGGGGAAAAGAUUUGUUCUUCAGUUCAGAAUUAAAACUAACCGUGUAUGAUCCUCUGCUGGUGACGGGAGGGUUCGAGAGAGCAAAGCAGAAGCUUUUGCAAAAACUUCAGAAUGACUUCUCCACAAAUCUAGAGAACAUCUUGCACUAUGAUGAACAACAUGGACACAAUGAGGACUCAAUGAAGGAAGAAACUUUCAUCAGUGUACACUUAGAUGUCAUUACGUGCCUGAAUUGUGCUAUUUUAGAAGCUGAAAAGGUUGGUCUGACACUGAAGCAUGCGGUACAAAUACUCUGCAUUGGAGAGCUGCGUGGUUUUGUUCAGAAGUAUAAGGACUCUGAGAACAAGUGUCUAAAAGAAAUAAAGUUUACAGAGAAAAACUCUGUGCAUCUGUUUCGGAUAAUCAACACCUGUAUGCAGCUCAGAUGCUAUGCUGCAAAAAUCACUCCAGAUAUUAAUAACAGUGUCUAUUCAAGCACUAUAUUCAUGCUACAGAAACUGGAAGAUAAUGCUUCAUCCAUUGUACAAAAGGUCAUGAGCUGCCUAGCACAGGCCAAUUUAGAAAGUCAUUUUAAGAGAAGGAAUCGGCAUACUGAUAACCUGAUGGAGGCAAUCCAAGAGCAGUGUGCGCCUCUGCCUGAGACCGCCUCAGAGACCAAGACAGUGAUUGUGAAAAUAGCAUACAACAGUGUUUCCAAAGUGUACCUGGAAUGCCUGAUGAAGACAAAGUUCAGAAAACUAGAGGCCUGUUGGAGAAAUGCUGAGGAAAAGAUAAAAGAGGAUGUUCAAUAUUUUCAAGAAAAAUUCUCUGAACUGAAUGAAAUGAAUGCCCAGCAGAACCAGCUCCUUCAGAGAAUGACUGAUGUUUUGGUUUGCAGUGAUGCAGAAGCACUGAAGAUUACCUGUUGUUUUUUGUUCAGAGACUUUCCUCACGAGAGUGAUCAGUAUGUGUCCGGUCUGCUGCGCUGGAAGGGGAUGUUAUCAGAGCGACAGACGAGAGAAGUGCUGGAGGCGAGCCGAGACCUGUAUCCUACACAUCCUACACCUGUCACUUGUUGUCCUCUGAAGAGAUGUUUUUGUUGUUAAUAGCUUGCAUCCUGUAUACUCCCAUAAAAAUCUGUUAAGAAAAGGGGUAAGAUAAAAGGUAUUCGUUCUAUGAUCAUUUUGCUUACAAAACAAGAAAAUACAGGAUUGUUGUUUAAUCCUCUUUUAAGAGCAAAAUAUAGAGAUGAAGAAUGUUCUCCAAACAUUGUGCUAUUUCUGCCUUCUAGCAUUAGGCCUGAUGUAUAUUCUUUAACAAGGUGCUAAAUCAGUCUACACUGAAUGCGGGCAUCAAAGCUGCAGUGACUUUCUUUUCCCAGUCAGUCUGUCCAAGCAAAAAUUCAAGAUGUGUUAAAUAAAAGGUGCUAAACCUAAAAUCUGAAAUACUAUUUUUUUUAUGUCGUUUUUACUUGGGGACAAAACAUAAUGCAAUGCAAUGAUGAUU